UAUACCUUUCUUCUUCUUCCAUCUCCUGGCGCUCUCUGCGUGGUGGGUUCCAGUGCUGCAGCCUCCGCCCGGCAGCCGCGGCGGCGAUCCGAGAGCUGCAUCGCGAGAGCGAGGAAACCACCGCCGCGCCAUCCAACAUGAACAGGGGGCACUCAGGUUCCAUGAUCAGCAGCUGCGGCACCUCCGAGCUCACCGACGAGAAGAACAAGGACAGCCAGACCUCGGCUUCCCGGCACUGCCCAAGCUGUGGACACAGCCUCGACUGCAAUCCGGACAUGAUUGGUCUUCCUGCUGGUGUCAAGUUUGAUCCGUCAGAUCAGGAGCUGAUAGAGCACCUUGAGUCCUUGGUGGAGGAAGGAGGCUCCAGAGCUCACCCUCUCAUAAAUGAUUUUAUACCCACCAUACAAGGAGAUGAUGGCAUUUGCUACACUCAUCCUGAGAAUCUCCCAGGUGUGACAAGAAAUGGCCUCAGCAAGCACUUCUUCCACAGGCCAUCCAAAGCCUAUACCACUGGCACAAGGAAGAGGAGAAGGAUCCAGUCAGAGCAUGGAUCGCAUGGCAGUGAAGAUGUUGGCGAGGCGCGGUGGCACAAGACUGGCAAGACACGCCCGGUGAUCGUGGGAGGGCGGCAGAAGGGGUGCAAGAAGAUCCUGGUGUUGUACAGUAGCUACGGAAAACAAGGGAAACCGAAGAAGACCAACUGGGUGAUGCACCAGUACCACCUCGGGGACCAGGAGGAGAAGGAUGGAGAACUGGUCGUGUCCAAGGUCUUCUACCAGACGCAGCUGCGUUCUACCACGGUAACGGUGGAGCAUCACACGAGGGAUGGUGAUGAAAAGGUGGCAGAGACAUCGAAGGCAAUGCAGAAUGUGCUUCCUGGCUUUGUGGCUGAUACCACAGCGGUGACUAUCGCCAUGGUGCCACAGCAGCAGCAGCAGCAGAAACGGCAGAGGCAGCCUGAUGGCCAAUGCAGCUUUGCUCCUGCCAAGAUGUCUCAUGAGGUUGGUGUAGUAGGCGGUCAGGUAGCAGAUGAUCAAGGAGAAAAGCGAGACAACCACCAUAUACCAUCACAACAUAAUGUCUUAUCAGAUCUGCAUGCAAAACCAGUACCCACCAUGUCUUUCCAUGUCGGUACACCAUUGAACACAGUUUCAACAGCGAUAUCACCUCAAGCGCGAGAUAGGUCAGUCGUCCUGGACAGUAGGUUCUGUUAUCCAGCAAUCCUUCACCGAAAUGAAAGGAACCAGGAGCAGCAGCAGAAGGUGGGCCGCAGAUCUGCUGAAAUGGAAGGAUUGAUAAUUGCCUGCCAAUCAGCAAGCAGUACAGAAGCAGGAGCAUCACCUGAACGGCCUUAUCAACACAACUGGCCUCCUGAUCAGCCAAGAUCAACAUCAAUUACAAUGUAGCUAGUAGCACCAGUGGCGGAGCCAGGAAUCCUACCAAGGGGGGGCGGACGGACAUAGAUAACCUUUUACAUAAGCGCCAAUGAUCAAAUUGUCAAUUGCUGACAUGCUGCUUGCCCCGACUGUGCUUUCGUAGCCUAAGAGCUAGAGCUUUAAUAAGAGUUUUAGUCUGCUACCGACUGUUUUCCUGAGUGUUGUGUGUCUGUAGAGCAUGCAGUCUAACUGACUCUCUACUUUAGACUACUAUUUGCUGCAGUGCUCACUACUGAGCAACUGUAAAUGGUACUGGAUCCUCAGAAAUCGGCGCAGAGCAAGGGGGGGCCACUGCCCAGGUUCCUCGACACUUGGCUCCGCCACUGAGUAGCACCAAAUGAAGAUGAUAAGUAGUAUUCAACCAACCGUAGCAGCAUCAAAUCGAAACUUCCACCUAUUUCCUGGUUUUCCAUAGAGCUAGAAUUUUUUAAGGCUGCAAGUAUAUUAUUUUAGAUAUUUCCAUUUGUACUAAUAAAAGUUGUAUAGAUAUGUCAUUGUUUGCAAAAAAAAAAUUUGUUGUUUAUAAACUAGUAUGAAAGAAACUAAAUUUGAUGAGUAAUUACAGGUGAAAGAAAAGGGAGUUUAACUCAA